UUUUGAAGUUUCGGGGGCCGAUGUAGCACUUACCUUACUGGGUGUGCUGAAGUGUGUUACUGAAGUGUUGAAUCAGAUACAGCCGCCUAUUCAGGGUGAGAGGACUGUGGAUCAGCCAUGUACAUAGCUGUGGAGGGAUGUGGCCAUGGUACUACUGUGGCCAGCUGACGGCGCCCGUGCUCACGCUCGUGGUCGGUGGAAACCACGAGGCCUCCAACUACAUGCAGUCACUGGCGUACGGCGGCUGGCUGGCGCCCAACAUCUACUUCGUCGGCUACGCGUCCGUGCUGCGCUUCGGCAGCCUGCGGAUUGGAGCGCUGUCCGGCAUCUACAACGGCCACGACUACCUCAAGGGCCACCACGAGCGGCCUCCGUACGACCGCAGCACCAUGCGCUCCGCCUACCACGUGCGCAACGUCGACACCUUCAGGCUGAAGCAGUUGACUCCGGAUAUGGACAUUUUUAUAUCACACGACUGGCCUCGCGGUGUUUAUCACCAUGGUAACGUGGAGCAACUGCUGAGCAAAAAGCCCUUCUUCCGCGACGAGGUCGAGUCCAACAAGCUCGGCUCGCGGCCGGCUGAGGAGCUGUUGAAGCGGCUGCAGCCACGCUUCUGGUUCGCCGCCCACCUGCACGUGAAGUUCUCGGCGCUGGUGCAGCACGAACCGGUGGCUGGCGAUGGCUCGGCCGCGAACGCGGCCGACACCUCCCGGGCAGGCGACGUGGAUGCUGAGAAGGCAGCCACGAGCGGCACGGCCGCCGCAGCGCGCACCACCCGGUUUCUGGCCCUGGACAAGUGUCUGCCGCGCAGGAGAUACAUGCAGAUCCUGGAGUUGGGCGACGGACCGACCGAGCUCAGCUACGACCUCGAGUGGCUGACUGUCCUGCGGACGACCGAUCACCUGACCAGCGUGUCGGCCGCCCCCCAGUACAUGCCCGGACCCGGCUGUAACCAGAGGUUCGACUUUCAUCCGAGCGCGGAGGAGCUGGCGGCCACGACGGCCGCCUGGGGUGCCGAUCUGCUCGUGCCGCGCGACUUCGCCGUCACGGCGCCGCCGUACGACGGCCACUCGGACAUCCGGUGCGGCCGGCAGCCGGCGGCCGCCACCGACCCGCAGACGAGCCGCUUCUGCGCCCGGCUCGGAGUACGGGCGGACAUCACGCUCGACUGCGACCGCACGCUAGACCCGGACGGCGGCGGCGACCCGGCCGAGAUCGCGCUGGACGAGGAUGAGGACGAGGAUGAGGACGAAGACGCCAUGUUCGUGAUCGACCGGCGCGGCACGGGUGUCACGCCGGUGACGCUGGCCGUUACCCCUGCCUCGCCAGAUGUCACGCCGGUGACGCUGGCCACGCCCGCUAAGAAGUUCAAACGCCGCAACCAGGCCAUCUACGGGGCGGAGGCGGACGGUUGA